AGCAUGGCAUUAUCAAAAAGACCGCUUUCCAAAGAAACAGUUUUGGCAGAAAAUAACAACAACGUCAGCAAAGUAGAAGAAAAUGAGAUUGCAAUUAAGCGGAAAAAGCGGUCAGGUCAUGACGAUGAGAUUCAUUGCAACAACAACAAUAACAACAACAUUAAUACUAACAAUAAUAGCAAUGCUAGUAAGCUGGAUGAAAAAUUCAUGUUACCACAGAAAAAACGAACUCUAAGCAAUUCAUCGAAUAACAGAACCUCAACGGCAGCUACUAUGCCGAUCACAAGUCCCUCAAUACCUGCUUCAAAUAUUUCUAAAAUAAAUACUGAUGAUCAAGACGAUGAAACGCUGAUACGUGAAACGCAAGCUGCACUAAAGAGUUUGUCAGGAAGUUGGCCUGAAGCACGUAAUAACCCUUACCGAUUGCAGGAUCAGGACGAGAAUCCGCCUCCAUUCCAAAAUCUUUUUGAAGAUAAACAGAAACAAAAGGAGAACGAUCAGGCACGCAUUAAUGCCCAACAACAGGAACAAACAAUAGAUGAUAUUAAGAAAUCUACCUUUUCGCAAUCAUCUGCUUUCAAACCCCCCGCGGAUAUCAAGCGCAAUGGCAUCGUUUCCUACCCAGGUGCUCCACCGCCAUUUCCUCAUUAUUCUAAUUAUAAUAACAACGCCGAAACAACUACUAACAGCAACACAUAUCUUAACUACCACCAGCAACACAAUAUUACCGAUUCAUCCGUGCUUCCAAUGCAACCGCCGCGUGCACCACCAGCACUGCCUCCAACGAGUUUCGACAUUACGUCGCAAACUGCCGUCGAUGCGAAACACGAUACAAAAGCAGCUGUUGACCUGCUUAAAGAGGGUACAAAUAACGCCGCAAAUAAAACGCACGACGAUACCAAGCAGUAUACCAUACUUCAGCCCGCUGGGGUUGGUAGCAGAGCAGCGACUGUUAUGCAGGAUAUCGCACGUGAGGGUGUCGUUACCUUACCAGCAGUAAAUAGCAACGGUUCAGCCGUGCCAAGUUCAGCGACAGGUGGAAAUUUAGUACCGCAGCCGACCUAUUCUCCAGGCAGCUUAAAUCGUGAUGGCACAAAAUGCCCAACGCCUAGUUGUAAUGGCCAAGGACAUUCCACAGGACUAUAUUCUCAUCACAGAAGCUUAUCGGGCUGUCCAAAGCGGGAUAAAGUAACGACUGAAUCUUUAGAGACACUUAAAACAGAACAUAAAGAAUUGCAUCAUUUAGAAAAAUUAAAAAUUGCUUCAGCUCAAUAUCUCAAUAACAAUAAUGCGAAUUGCAUUAACAAUAACAACAGCAAUGGUAUUGGUGCGAACAGCUCAUCCGGCAGCAAAUUAAAUCUAAACUUAAACAACUCUUCGAACACUAUGCCAAUUAUUAAAACGGAAUUUAAUCCCGUUACAAAUAUAAAGUCCGAAUACAGCAAAAGUCCCAUGCAUACGUAUAUUAAUAAUGACCCAGCCAACAGUGCAAGAACAAAUGGCACUUCAGCAGGCAACACAACAUUAGCAGGCAACACUCCCGGUCAACCUUUGACGAACAAUGACAAUUUGCACUCAUCGCACUUGAAUGGAGUACGAAGUGCGACUGGUGCACUUCAGCAGUCAACUGAAAUGAACCGUUAUGUGGGUAUACAACAACAAACUCUUAGUGACCAACAGCAGCAGAGCCCACACAAUCCGCAUCAAGUAACUUUACAUCAACAACGGGGUCCAUUUAUAGAGGGUUCAGCUGCACUAAUGAUGCCCGGCGGCAACACAGCUACCUCGGAUGGAGAAGCAUAUCGAACUGAAAACCAUCAACAACAGGAUGGACAUCAACAACAGCAGCAGUACGACCACAUGCGUUACACUCAACAUAUGACGAAUGGCGAUGGUCUUAGUAAAUCUUCAACCAACUAUGCCAGCGAUAUGCUGAACAAUAAUAAUAAUGGAAACACAACUACGCUUUCCCCAGUUUCACGAAGCUAUGAUCCUAAUCCACCAACAUCGAUCACAACAACUAUUUCGUCACCUUAUGGUGAUUCAAUAUCUGUUGCUAGCAUGCCAACAGCAUUUGAACGUUACGAUCCAAACUGCAAUGGACAACGUCAAGCUCCACCCACGAAUAUGUAUCAUUACUUACCGCAGUCAGCAGAGGACUUACAAGCUCAGCAGCAAAAGUAUAUUCAGGAGCAACAAAUGAUGCUAGCCAAGGCAGAGCAUGAUGAAAUGGCAAAUGGUGGUCCAAUAUACCCAAGGCCUAUGUAUCACUACGAUCCGAGCAUGGGACCGUUACCGCCAGGAUUCUCUGCUAUUAAUUUAUCUGUCAAAAUGGCGGCAGCUCAAGCAGCAGCAGCUGCUGCUGCUUAUCAAAAUCAUCAUCAUCAUCAACAACAACAACAGCAGCAACAACAACCACUUCAGCCAAAGCAAAGCAGUUCACCUUCCCCGUCUGGAGCUCCUGUAGUUGACUUAUCCGGCUCGGCCUCUGUAACAUCUUCCAGUCCACACGGUUUCAAUUCCCCCUCAUCCCACAACCAAUAUAGCCAGCGUAUAGGAGCUGGUAGCCCACAACCAGGUGCUAGUCCAAAUAUUGCCAGUCCGCAAGUGCCAAGUCCACAAGGACAAACUUUGGACCUAAGUGUUACACGUCUGCCACAUAGUAUUGUUACAAGUCCCCAGUACGGUGCCCACCCAGAUGGCUUGGUACUUGGUCACCCACAAAGUUUUGGUCCAGGUGUAGUAGCUACAGGUGCUAACGGAGCCCCACGAUCGCCACAAAUGGAACCAGUUGAUUUCAGUGGACCACCACGUCCUUUAGGAUUUGGACUUGUCGGUCACAUUGGAGGUCCACGACCAUACAGUCGUGAAUCGACACCAGACAGUGGCGGCUCGCAUUAUAUUGACAGCUACCGCGAUCCAAGUGGCUAUUCCCCACAUCCAGGUUAUGGAAUGGUAGUGCAAUCUGAUUAUCCCCCGGCAGGUUAUCAUGGCUAUGGUCCUGCUGCGUAUCAAUGCAGCAAUCCGUAUGCAACCGCUGUUGGUGCUGGCGGAUAUCCAACACCAGUGUCUGGUGGCUACUCACCUAGUCCAGCGUCAUGCUAUUCUAUGCCGCCACCGCAGCACAUACCGCAGCACGACAAGGCAAAGGAUAGUUUGACGGGGUGCCCUCGUAGUGAUCGUAACCACUUACAAUCGCAUUCGCAAGAACUUAAGUGUCCUACACCAGGAUGUGAUGGAUCUGGUCAUGUGACUGGCAACUAUUCUUCCCAUCGCAGUCUUUCUGGUUGCCCACGUGCUAACAAGCCAAAAAGUAAGCCGCGGGAUGGUCAGGACUCCGAACCUUUACGCUGUCCAAUACCCGGAUGCGAUGGCUCAGGGCAUUCAACAGGAAAAUUUUUAUCACACAGAAGUGCAUCUGGCUGCCCUAUCGCAAAUCGAAAUAAAAUGCGAGUUCUCGAGGCGGGUGGGACGGUGGAACAACACAAAGCGGCUGUGGCAGCAGCUACGGCGAUGAAAUUCGACGGUUGUGGUAGUGCAGGAGCCCAAAGUAUAAAAAAGCCAAAAUUUGACGAGGUGACCAUGGUAUAUCCGAAAGGAUACACAGGCAUAGAAAUGAUGAUGGUAGGCGGCGGCGCUUCAAUAAAUUCAACAAACACUGUGUCAGGCUUGCCAGGGGUGGGCGCCGGAUUGACUAACUCCACAUCGGGUGCGACAUUAACGGAUAGCAUGCACAAUAAUAUUGCGUCUGGUAAUGAAAUGAACGGAACUUCCAGUGAAGAUCUUAACACUCUGGAAGCAGAAAUAUCGGAAUUGCAGCGGGAAAACGCUAGGGUGGAGUCACAAAUGAUGCGUCUCAAGUCCGAUAUCAACGCAAUGGAGACUCAAUUGAGCACCAGCGAUAGGGAAGCUUCUCCGCUGAGUAAUCUACCACAGCGUUCACUUACUUCCGUGUCUAGCACUCCUGGAGGAACAACAUCAGUAGUAGUGGCUGCCUCCAAUAGCUCUACACACCCAGUCGCCAAUGAGUCAACUAGUAUUUCUAACAAUAUCUCUAAUAAUAACGAUUCAUUAGACCCAAGCUCUGUUAAUUCUGUUAGCUCAGUAGUAGUUCCAUCUUCUACUGCGACUGCUGCGACCAGCAUAAAUAAUUAUUAUGAGAGUCUACGAAAUAAUGUAAUAACAUUACUAGAGCAUGUUCGUUUGCCACCACCGGGGAACAAUACUGCUGUAACCAACUCUACAGUGACUAGUACUCUUACAAAUCCAGUGUCAAUGGUGAAUAAUCAACACUCUGUAUACAGCACACAUCCCACUCUUAUACCACCAGGACCCUUACCUAGCGCUUCCAUAGUGCCAUCGAGUUCAAGCGUUUCUAUUUACGGUGCUUCACCUCAUCAUCUUACAGCCACACAUACUGCCGCUUUACCACCCCCUCCUCCACCAAAUUCUUCGACAGUAGGAGGACCACCUCAUCCCUACACUGUUCAUCACUCAGCUGCAUAUCCACAUGAACACUUCGAUUCUUAUAUUUCGAAGCUACAGUCAUUAUGUGUGCCUCCCGAUGUCUAUGCUCUACCACCAGAUGAUGCAACUCGUCCCAUGUAUGACACUGUUAAGUCAAGUUUACAUCAAGACUACACACUUAUGCCAACUCCGAUAUAAGGAAACUAUGUAGAUUUCAGCUUUACUGAUCAGCUUAAAAGCUGAACCCAUGUGUGCAAUAUAUGCAUCGAUUCUGUGAAGAAUGAAACGAAAUUUCUUCCUAUCCGGUUUUUGAUAUGUUCGAAGUCAAAUGUUUGUAUAUAAAGUAGAAUUAAGGUAUUUAAUGAUGUACAGUUAUGAACGUUGA